CGUCCUGCCUGAUUGCUGUCCAUGUUAUACGCGGAGGGAUAAUCCCUACUCUCUUACUACAAAUAAUGCUUCUCCGACGACUGCCUUCAACCGCCUCUUGCGUCGCUGUCUCCUCCCUAUCCUGGCGUUACUAUUCUCCUUGCUCCUUUUUCUCUCAGCGCCGCGUCAAAUCUUUCAAUUCCAUAUCAUUUUACCCUAAUCUUAGCCCCCUUUCCUUUAGCUCCGCCUCAGACAUUUCAUCUGAUUUCACCGACUUAAUCACCGAUGAAUCCUCCAAGCGCGGACCCCUCAAACCUGGACUCUAUCUCGUCGGAACACCUAUCGGAAACCUUGAAGACAUCACAUUACGAGCUCUACGGGUUUUGAAAUCAGCUGAUGUCAUACUCUCAGAGGACACACGGCAUUCCUGGAAGUUGCUUCACUAUUAUAGCAUCAAAACUCCUCUUCUAAGUUAUCACAAAUAUAAUGAAUCUCAAAGAGAGCAAACAGUUUUGGAGAGGUUAAAACAAGGGGAGAUCAUAGCGUUGAUCAGUGAUGCUGGAAUGCCUGGCAUUAGCGAUCCGGGUACAGAACUGGCAAAGAUAUGUGUGGAUGAGAACAUUCCUGUUAUUCCAAUUCCUGGACCGUCUGCCUUCUUAACUGCUCUUUCUGCCUCAGGAUUGUCCACUGAUGAAUUUACAUUUGUUGGUUUUCUUCCAAAACAUGCCAGUUCACGGAAGGAGAGGCUGAUGACUUCUGCUAGUGAAAAACCAACACAGAUAUUUUACGUUCCUCCUCACAAGCUUAGCCAGUUUCUUGAAGAAAGUUCCCUGAUUUUUGGUGAUUCAAGACAAUGUGUCAUAGCUCGGGAACUAACAAAAAUGCAUGAAGAGUUCUGGCGGGGCACUUUGGGGAAAGCAAAGGAAGCCUUCUUAACUCGCCAGCCAAAGGGAGAAAUCACCCUCUUGAUUGAGGGCAAUUCAAAUUGCAGUGUGGAAACUCCAUCUGAGAGCGAGUUAGAAAAUGACCUGAGAGAAUUGAUCUCCAGUGGCCAUAGUCUUUCUUCGGCAGUCAAAUUGGUGGCUGAAGGAACAUCAAUGAAAAAGAAAACGAUAUAUUCCUUUGCCUUGAGAAAAUUCGCAAAGAAGAACAAAGCAGAGGAUUCAAAUUAAUGUCAAGCAUUCUGGGAAAAUCCACAUCCAGUACUAGGUUAUUUUCCUUUUCGCCUUCAUUUUUGGAUGUCGAGGGGCAUGCUUUACAUUAAAUGGCUAGAGAGCAUGGCAAUAUUUAAGGUAAAAGCAGUAAUUAUA